ACUUACUUGAACAAAUUCCAAAAGCAUUUGUUAAUGUUCCUAUAACAAUUAUUCGUAAUUUUGCACAUAAAUCAUGGAGAUAUAUGGAUGUUUAUGAAAAGGGAUUAGAGGGUAAAACUGCUGAAUGGGCCGUUAAAAAAUACAAGUCACAUUGUAUUUUGCCAGAAAGAAUAGAAAUAGAAAUUAAUAAUAAAAAAGAUUGA